AAAGUUUUGAGGUUGGAUUCAUUUAUAAGAUUAUAAUUUCAGAUUGUAAGGAAAAAAUAUAACAUGAAAAUAAAAAUUCAAUCUGUAAAAUUAGAAAUUAGAAAAGGGUCUAUGUUAUAAGUCAGUGACCACGGUCCUGAUCCCCACCACCAUGCCAUGCGAGUGCUUUCAGCAUCCAUGACAAAAGACAGUCAAGCUUGAACAUGGCUGAAGACAAGGUGCGUAUAAUCGGCAAGCAGAAUGUUUCAUAAUAUUACGUUCUUUACACAGAUAUUACUUUCAUUACAGAUGGAUGUAGAUAAACAAAUAGAAGAAAAGAAAGAAGAAAGAGAAAAGAAAGCAGAAGUUGAGGAGAAAGAAGCAGAAAACAAACAAGACAACACAAAGAAGGAAGAAGUGCCGAAGCGACAGGAGGAACAAUUAUCAGCAUCAGAAAUUAAAAAAAUGGUAAAAAAAAUGAUAUAUGGAGGACGCCGUGGCGGCCGGCACGGAGGAAGAGGUGGGCGAUGGGGCGGCCGUCGUGGCGGGAGAGGAGGACGCCGGGGCGGCGGAAGAGGCGGCGAUCGCCGUAUGGGUCUGGGCGUGAGCCUGCCUGGAGCAGCCGUCGGUGCAGAUCUUGGUGAUAGUAGCAAAUACUCCAGCGAGGCCGCGGAGGACUGA